GGUAAUUUUCAGGGUGGCUUGCUUGCAUCCACCGCCUACUGCCAGUCCCCAUCAAUUCUUCCUUUCACUCUUCUUCUUUUGAAAAUAUUGGGUUUCGUUUCAUAUUGUUCAUACAUCCCGUAUGAUUGCAGCUGUUCUUCAUUUUUCUCAAUUGAUGGAGGAGCACUGGUUUUACAAAUCCCAGAAGAUGUCAUAGGAUGAUAUGGGUAGUAUGGAAUCAAGUUCCAAGGUUUCCCACGUGCAUAUCUUUGUACUCAUCGGAAAUAUAAUUUGUUUGUUUUGUUUUUUUAAUUCGGGGUGAGAAAAUUUUGUCCGGGUCUGUUGUGAAUGAUUGAAAAUUUUGAUUCUCAAGAAACCAAUAUGAUCAGAAGAAAGUGGUGAAGCUUGGUUGUUGUUCAUUGGGAAUUUGUAUUUAUGGAAGAAGCUAAAACUCUUGCAAGGCAGCAAAGCUUUCACCAAAAGAAGAUGGCUAAGCAGUUGACACGAAAACGAGACGAUACACUUUUGCAUUCUGCAGUGAGAGAAGGAAACUUAGAAUUGGUUUUGGAAAUAAUUAGUGGUAGUGAGGAUGCAGAAUUGAAGGAUUUGUUGUCUAGGCAGAACCAUUCCGGUGAAACGGCUUUGUAUGUUGCUUCUGAGUGUGGUUUUGCUGAUUUAGUGAAGGAAAUGAUCAAGUAUUAUGAUGUCAGUUUGGCUGGUAUUAAAGCAAGAAAUGGCUAUGAUGCUUUUCAUAUUGCUUCAAAGCAAGGAGACAUGGCGGUACUGAAGGUCCUCAUGGAUGCUGAUCCUGAGCUUUUGAUGACUUUUGAUUCUUCAAACACCACUGCUCUGCAUACCGCUGCCUUGCAGGGCCAUAUUGAGGUAGUGAAUUUUCUCUUGGAGAAAGGUAGCAAUGUGGCUACAAUAGCAAGGAGCAAUGGCAAAACUGCCUUGCAUGCUGCUGCCAGAAAUGGACAUUUGGAGAUUGUAAAAGCCCUUCUAAGUAAAGAACCUGGAAUCACAUUAAAGAUUGACAAGAAGGGCCAGACAGCUCUCCAUAUGGCUGUUAAAGGACAAAACGUAGAAGUGGUAGAAGAGCUGAUAAAGUCCAAUCCUUCAUUGAUCAACCUUUCUGAUACCAAGGGCAAUACUGCAUUGCAUAUAGCAACUCGCAAGGGUCGGACUCAGAUUGUUCUUAAGCUGCUAAGUCACAAUGGAGUUAACAAAGAGGCCAUUAAUAAAUCUGGGCAAACUGCUCUUGACACUUCAGAGAAAACUGGGCAGAUUGCAAUUGCAUCCAUCUUACAAGAGCAUGGAAUCCAGUUUGCCAAAUCCAUCAAGCCAUGGCCAACAAACUCAGUUCAAGAACUAAAACAAACUGUAAGCAAUAUAAAUCAUGAGGUUCACAACCAGAUUCAGCAUACACAUCAAACAAGAAAACAUGUGCAAGGCAUGGCUAAGCGGGUCAACAAAAUGCACACAGAAGGGAUCAAUAAUGCAAUCAACUACACAACAGUUGUAGCUGUUCUCAUUGCUACAGUUGCGUUUGCUGCCAUCUUCAGUGUCCCUGGCAAAUAUGUUGACUCAAAGAUGCCUACUCCAGGAUUUUCUCCUGGAGAAGCAAGAAUUGCUCCAAAUCCAGCAUUUAUGAUUUUUAUCAUAUUUGAUUCUGUAGCCCUCUUCAUAUCAUUGGCCGUUGUUGUGGUGCAAACUUCAGUUGUAGUCAUAGAACGAAAGGCAAAAACGGAAAUGAUGGCUAUUAUCAGCAAGCUCAUGUGGUUGGCUUGUGUGCUGAUUUCAAUAGCAUUUCUUGCACUGUCAUAUGUAGUAGUUGGAGAUGAUGGAAGGGAGUUGGCUAUUUUUAUAACAAUUGUAGGUACAGGGAUCAUGAUAUCAACCCUGGGAACAUUGUGUUAUUGGGUGAUUAUGAACCGAAUUGAGGCUUCAAAGUUACGGAGCAUUCAGAGAUCAUCAAUGAAUAGUAGGUCACAGUCAGCAUCAGUGUCAUUUAUGUCAGAUUCAGAGAUGCUGAACAGUGAGUAUCACAUGAAACUCUAUCCAGUUUGAGCUUUCAUAUGCCAUGCAUCCUUUUUGCAUUUGUUUUGUUCCUUUUUGUAAUUCCCCACCAUGUAUCAUGUACAUAGACCUGACUGUAACAUAAUCUCAGGACAUUGCUUCUUAUUGAAGCAAGUGUUAGAAAUUUCUCAAGUUCAGUACACAGCUUGUAUGGAUUGUGAAAGCUGUAGAAAUGUAAUGCCUUUUUCUCAAGUUCAAUUGAGGAAGAUCUAAUUAGCCUAUUAUUUUAGUGCA